GCCGCGCUGCGGCCCCGAGCGGCGCCCCCGAGCCCCCCGCUCCCCGCCGGGCUGCUCCGAGCGACGGUGCUCCCGGGCUCCAAACUCGGGCUGCCGGGGCAAGUGUCUUCAUGAACCCAGAGGAUGUCCGGAAAGCACUACAAGGGUCCUGAAGUCAGUUGUUGCAUCAAAUAUUUCAUAUUUGGCUUCAAUGUCAUAUUUUGGUUUUUGGGAAUAGCAUUUCUUGGAAUUGGACUGUGGGCGUGGAAUGAAAAGGGGGUUCUGUCCAACAUCUCUUCCAUCACCGACCUUGGCGGCUUUGACCCGGUCUGGCUCUUCCUUGUGGUGGGAGGAGUGAUGUUCAUUCUGGGAUUUGCAGGGUGCAUUGGAGCUCUUCGGGAGAACACCUUCCUUCUCAAGUUCUUUUCUGUGUUCCUGGGAAUUAUUUUCUUCCUGGAGCUCACUGCCGGCGUUCUGGCAUUUGUUUUCAAAGACUGGAUCAAAGACCAGCUGUAUUUCUUUAUAAACAACAACAUCAGAGCAUACAGGGAUGACAUUGACUUGCAAAACCUCAUAGACUUCACCCAGGAAUAUUGGCAGUGCUGUGGGGCUUUUGGAGCUGAUGAUUGGAACCUAAAUAUUUACUUCAAUUGCACAGAUUCCAACGCAAGUCGAGAGCGAUGCGGCGUGCCGUUCUCCUGCUGCACUAAAGACCCCGCGGAAGAUGUCAUCAACACUCAGUGUGGCUAUGAUGCCAGGCAAAAACCAGAAGUUGAUCAGCAGAUUGUAAUCUACACGAAAGGCUGUGUGCCCCAGUUUGAGAAGUGGUUGCAGGACAAUUUAACCAUCGUGGCUGGUAUUUUCAUAGGCAUUGCAUUGCUGCAGAUUUUCGGGAUAUGCCUCGCCCAGAAUUUGGUUAGUGAUAUUGAAGCUGUCAGGGCUAGCUGGUAGAGCCCCUGCAACGGCUGCUGCAAGACACUGGACAGACCCAGCCUCCCUGACCCUCCGGCGUGCCCAGCUGAAUCCACGCUGCACAGACCCUAGUCGCAGAGGCAUCCUGCAAUCCCACCGGAUGGAGCUGCCAAGAACUUGUUGUUUGGGGGGUAAAACUGGGAAAUGCUGCUCACUGACAGAAUUAAAAAAAACAAAAACAAAAACCAGUAUGAAAGUUGUUGCGCCUGAAUCUCUACUGUAGCCAUGAAUUAUGGAUGGUUGGAUACUUACCAAA